GGCGCUGUGGGGGGGGACCGCGGGGGCGGGCGAUUUUUCUGCCGCACACUUGACCAGAAUUGGUGAGCCUGGUGCGUUGCGCACCCCUGUCCCCUAGUAGCUUCGCCACUGCCUUGCAGUUCAUUCUAAAAAUGAAGUUUAAGAUGAGCCUGAAAUUAAUCUUAGAUAUUGGUAUUACCCCAUGAGCAGUUGUCUCAGAUCAAAUAUUGUGCACAGCUGGAAUCCCUCCACAGAUGCGUCAGAGAGAGACAAAAUUAAGCAAAAUUGUUUCAUUUUAUUUCUUAAAGUUAGCCACUACCAGAGUUGGCAAUGAUAAAAUAGGGUGUAUUCUCUAAUCUGGGGUACUGAAGAGGAAACUCUUACAGGAUUUUAGGGAAAAGAGAAAUGCAAGCGCAACCCCCCACCCCCCAUCCUAAGGUAAUAGCCUCAUUUAAUUACAUUCAGCCUUUCGCAAACCAUAGCAGGAUCUGCCUUAUCAGUUAAGAUUGAUAUUCUAACCCGUUAGCCUCUGUUUGAGACAUUAUUUUUUUUAUUGUGUCUCCUCCAAAAGACAACCCAAACAUACAACUAAGCUUGUUAUUCCAGGUGGGCCAUAAACUGCAUCACAUGGGUAACCAAUACUGCCAACCUCCUCCAUCCUUGUUAUCCUACAGACAACCAAUCAGAUCUUGAAUCUUUUAACUGCAGCCCACCUGCAGUUUGAGAAAAUGUCUUUUUUUUCUCCUUCUAUCUGUAUACUUUUUGGAUAUAAAGUUAUCCCUAAGAAUCUCAGAUGUGUUCUAGCAACUUAGUUCCCCAACUUGGCACUUGGCUCUAACUACUUGCUCCAAAGUCCUGAGAGAAACAGUGUCCUGAGGGUGUGUGUAUGUAUGUCUUUGUGUCACCUCUACUAUACAAACACUGGCAGCUUUUGUAAAGAUUGCACUUCAGUCUCCCAUUCUGUUUUUUUACCUAUCUGGUUCUCAUCCUUCCUUUUUCAAUCGACAUAAAUCACCCUGGACUUCAACUUCCCUGGAUCAGGCUUGUAUGCUUAUCUUACCUGUUCUCCUCCUUUCUCUCCCUUUAUGUUGAUAACAUGUACUUAGGUUAGGAUGCUGUGGAAUUCAGGAUCUGUAGAACAUUUUUUUAGCUUAGAGGAAUUGGACAAAAUGUCCAGCUGUGGAAGAAAUUCCCACAGUUUCCAUGGAUGCUUUUAAUGAUAGUGAAAAUAUUACCUUCAUUCGCUGGAAGGUUCAUAAUGACUGGGUGACAAAGAUCCAAUAUAUCCAUUCUGUGGAAUCCAUCAUAUCUAGUUCCAAUGAUGAGAGUACUGCGCUGGUGAUAGGUUGUGUUAGUAGAACCAAAAAUGUGAAACAUCGCUUGAAAACUCUGAUGGGCUCCACAGACAGUCAGAACAAAUUCCCAACACCAGCCAGCGGUUCUCCACCCAAGCGCUUUCAGUGUGAUGAGUCUGUUUUUAAAGUGUACAAAGGAGUCAAGACUUUUGACUAUUGCAAAGAAAACAAUAUUCUUGUGACUGGUGGUUUGGACCGGAAAAUUCGUCUGUGGAACCCUUACAUCCCUGGAUGGGCUGUAGGUACUCUGCCCGGACACACAUCCCCAAUUGGCUUCUUAGGCAUUGUUCACCAAAGCACAAAGAUUUUAUCAGUAUCUCUGGACAGCACUAUCAAGGUAUGGGAUAUUGAAGUCCACUCCUGCCUCCUCACAAUCAUACCCAAAGUUGCUCAAAUCAGAGGAGAGAUGGAAGUUUGCUAUUUUUCUCCUGACCUGCAAUCUUUCUAUGUGGCAGCUGAGAGUUUUGCUCUUCUGCGAUUCCAGCAUAAGAGAAAUCAGAUCCGUGAUUCAGGCAUGUCCCAUAAUGAACCAGUCUUUUGCUGCCAAUAUAACAAGCAGUUCCAGCAGGCGGUUAGUUGCUCAGAAGGAUCUGCUAUAAAAGUAUGGAACCUGAAAAAUGGGCAGCUAGACAUGGAAGUGUGUAAAGCCCAUGGAGAAACAGCUGUCACUUGCAUGACUUUAGAUGCUAGUGGGAAAAGGUUGAUCACUGGUGGAAGAGAUGGAAGUCUGAAAAAAUGGGAUAGCUGCACUCUUGGUUGUAUGUGCACCAUUAAGCAAGCCACCAGCGCAGCUGACGAAGUCCUUGCUUGCACAUAUGCUGAUAUUUACAGCAACAGGUACUUCGUAUCUGUUGGAUGGGGCAGCAAGAUCAAUAUUUUUCCUGAGCUUAAUGAUAAUAUACCUGAAGGAUCAAAUUUUCAACCAGACUGGAUUGAAAGUGUGGAAAAAGGUCACAGGGAUGAUAUUUCAUGCGUAGCUUCCUGCCCUCCACAUUUCUUGGCCACUGGUGGUUUUGAUGGGGAUGUUCUCAUAUGGAAUCUAGUCUUAGGAUGUCUCUGUUGCCGCCUAAGUGCUGCAAGCAGGGCAGCAGUGAAAGGAGGAACAGAAGAUUUAACCAUCAAUAAAAUAAUUUUCCUCUUACCAAGGAUGGAAAGAAAGAAAACGACAGCAACUCUAGUGGCCAGUGGACCCAGAGGUAAAAAGAGAGAGAGAGAGCGCGCAAAGGGAGGUUAUGUUACACUCUGGAAUAUAUUUGGACAAGGGAAACUGUUUGCUUCUUUUUCUAGUUCAAAGGAGAAAACUACCAUUAGUGACAUGGCAGUCAGUGACAGUUACUCCCUCUUGUGUGCAGGAGACCAAAAGGGGUCUCUCUAUAUUUGGAACAUUGCUGAAUAUGCCGCUCAUGGGCUGGAAGACAAACCACCACCUUUGCUGCAGACCUGGAGAGCUCAUGACCGCAGUAUUACAAGUGUGGCUCUUGUGAGUGACUAUCCUCUUCUUCUCACCUCAUCUUUGGACUGUAGUGUGAAACUGUGGAGUCUAGAAGGGGAAUACGUAGGAAUGUUCGGUCAAAAAGAACCAUGGAACAUUGAAGAGAAGUCAUCCUGGAAACAAUUUGACCCUAACAUUAGCUCAGUACAUGACUGUGGCAAUUUUGGGCAGCAAUCUUUACAAGGAAAUAGUUUUGCUUCAGACUGGAAGUUCAAGAAAACAAUACAGGAUACCAGUACUUUGAAGCUAGCAAGAAAUGAUGACAUUUCUGAAGAAAUGAAGCAAAGUCAAAAAUCAAGAUUUCAACACAGACAGGCGUGCCAAUCCAAGCCUAUUCAGCAGUAUGCCAGCAGAGGCAUGACUACCUACCAUGCUCUCCCACUGUGUGAAUUAGCCAACGUGUCAACUGUUUUCCACAAACCAAAUAUAGCUGCCGAACUCAAAGACCCAUUUCAUUUAGAAGUUUAGCAGUUUCUUAAAGAGUCAGCUGAGUGCCCCUUUUCAAGGACCUGAGCUGUUUUUCCCCCAAUACAAAAUGAGCGAAGUGAAGCUUUAAAAGGCACUGCGAGCCUGUACUGGCUGAAGCCCUUUGAGGACUGUUGUAGAUCAGCCAGAUUGGCAUCAGCAUUAAUUCCAGCAACAGCUAAUCUCACAAAGAAUUAAGUAAGAUUAUUACAUCACAUGUGCAGGCCAACCUGUAGCCUGUGGUAACAAAGAACUCAUGUGGGCUAGGAUGUGUGAUUCAAGAAGUAGAUUUAAAUAUUUAUUAUAAAUAUUUAUACACAGCCUCUGACAAUCUGCUGCCAUUUAAAAAUCAAUUGACACAGUGUCAAUCUGUGCAUGAUGUCACUGGGAAGGUUUUCAUUUACACAUACAGUAAACAUUUUGCAUACUUUAACACUGCUAUAAGUUGAACACACACUGUUCUCUCCCACAUUUACAUAAAAGAAUACACUUGCUAAAUAUGAAACAUCUGUUGAGCCUGACCGCCACAGUACCUUUCAUUGUUCUGAAAUAGAUAGCAGAUUGACUUUAGCUAAAAAUCUCCCAUUAAUGCUGAAAUAUUUCCCCAAUUCAGAUACCUAUUGAUUCCCCCUAUAUCUAGGGCAUUGAUGUGUCCAUCACAAUCACGAGGCAGAGAACGAUCGCUAGGGCCAUCCAGUUAUUCUUACUACCGUGAAGCUCAGAAGGGUGUCAUCAGGAAGCUUUGGAUUAUCAUCCUUGGCAUGUAUUUAUAUAGUUCAACAUUGCUGUUCUAUAUCUCCCACAUCCAACAUCUGUUCUGCGGCCAAUACAGAUCUGAAAAUUAAAACUGCAUUUUUUCCGGGUAACUUCGCAACUUAGCAAAUGUUUGUUCUCUAAAUGCACACCAAACAAAAUUUGCACUAACUGCUACCUUACUGCAAGCUGAGGAAAUGGUUCGACAAAGAACAACACUUAAGGUUUCAGAUUCUACCAGCAUUAACUCUUCAUAACGUUGUUUUACAAUGAACAGUCAAUUCACACCUUAACUGGCAACAGAUUGCCAAUUAUAUUCUGGCUGCAGCAUAAAGAGGCUCCUACUUAACAAACCUAGACACAAAAUGAGAGAUUUAUUUUUAAUUGUGCACAUAUCUCAACCAAGGGGAAAAGAAAAUAUGUCUAUGCAAUAUAGGGAAAAGUGACAUAGGGAAUGUUUUCUCUGGAUUGAGAAAGAUGAGGCAUUCGGAAUCAUCAGGGAAAUGUGUACUUUCAGAUUUUGGGCUACAGCCCACUGAUGAAGUUUUUUGUUAUGAUGCAAAUUCCAUUAAGACAAUAAAGAUGUCCAAAAGUCCCCAUAAAGAAA